AUGUCACGAGAAGAGCUCAUUGUUCUGCGAAAGACUCUCACUGAGCUACUCGACAAGGGAAGCCCGGUGGUGGUCUGCGCUUUGCGUGGACUAUCGAGGAUUGAAUGCGAUCACCAAGAAAGACCGAUCUCCUUGCCGUUGAUCGAGGAAACUUUGCGGUCGCUGUCCAAGGCCAAGUGGCUCACCAAACUUGACGUUAUCGCAGCAUUUCACAAGAUUCGCGUCGAGGAGGGAGACGAGUGGAAGACAGCAUUCAGAACACGUUACGGACUCUACGAAUGGCUUGUCACGCCAUUCGGGUUGACGGGUGCUCCCGCAACGUUUCAGCGUUACAUAAACCACACGUUGCGAGAUUUCCUCGACGAGUUCUGUUCCGCUUACAUUGACGACAUCUUGAUCUACUCGAGCGGUUCGCUCGCAGAUCAUCGCAACAAAGUCAGGCAGGUCCUUGCUCGACUGCGAGAUGCAGGCCUGCAGAUUGAUAUCGACAAGUGUGACUUUGAGGCAAAGAGUGUCAAGUACCUGGGCUUCAUCGUCGAAGCCGGGAAAGGUAUCCGCGUGGACCCGGAGAAGGUGCAGGCAAUUCAGCAGUGGCAGCGACCCCGUUCUGUCAAAGGCAAGGAUGCGGUGUUUGCGUGGUCGAAGGAGUGCGACAAGGCCUUCGAGGAGUUGAAGGCUCUUCUGACCAGUGCGCCGGUCCUUGCGCAAUGGGAUCCGGAUAGAGAGACGAUUGUGGAGACGGAUUCAUCCGGUUAUGUCACAGGAGGGGCGCUCUCGCAAAAGGGCGAUGACGGCAUCAUGCGGCCUGUGGCCUUCUUCUCAAAGAAAAACGCACCGGCGGAGUGCAACUACCCAAUCCACGAUAAAGAGCUGCUGGCGAUCAUUCGCUGCCUUGAGCAUUGGGACGCCGAAUUGAGGAGUGUGAAGUCCUUUACCGUUUUGACGGAUCAUCUCAACCUCCGUUACUUCACCAAGAAGCAGCAACUGAGUGAACGUCAGGCGCGAUGGGCUGAGACGCUAUCGCGGUACAGCUUCACCAUCAAGCAUCGACCGGGCAAAGAAGCCGUCGUACCGGACACGCUGUCUCGACGAGAACAGGACAUGCCGCACAGCGCCGAAGAUGAUCGGUUGCAAGGACGACGUGUUCAGCUGCUGCAACGUAACAAGGGUGGCCUGGUGACAAAAGUCAAGAGCGGUUAUGUCACCAAGGGCGACACGGAUCAACCCGAUGACGCAACAACUGACCAAGACGACUCAAUCGAAAACCCUUUCUCGGACCCGGAACUGCAGAAGUUAUGGGACGAAGGUGUCAAGCACAAUCGUUAUUGGCUCAUCCGAAAGGCCGUACAGCAAGGCGAGAGGCGUCUGCCGUCGCAUUGGGGACUGCCCGUGAUGCUCUCGGAAUGCUCGAUUGACGAUGGACAGCGGCUCUGCUGGCGAGAGCGAAUUUGGGUGCCGAACCACGAACCCUGCGCACGCGGCUUAUGCAGGAGACGCCUCGAUUCAGACGUGCGUCAAUUUCCGCUACCUAUUCCAGACAGGAUCUGGUCGGAGCUGUCAAUUGACUUUGUGACAGACCUGCCACCAACCAAGUCGAACGGUUCGACCAACCUUAUGGUCGUGACGGACAGACUGUCCAAAAGUGUCGUUCUUGAGUCAUUGAAGGACAUCACGGCCGAGACGACGGCCAGAGCAUUGCUACGGAACGUGGUGCAACACCAUGGCGUGCCGCGCGCGAUCGAUAACUGGGAAGAGCUGUUGCCAGCGGCCAUGAUGGCCAUCAACAAUCACAACUCGACGUCGACAGGCCUGAGCCCGUUCUUUAUCACGCAUGGGUAUCAUGUUGACCCGAUACAAGUCAAGGAGAAGUUACGGACGGACGGAAGGUCCCCAGUGACCAGGGCUGAAAGCAUUGUGCAACGAUUUCGAGAGGCAACGGAAUGGGCCCAGGCGGCAAUUGCGUCAGCGCAAGAGCAGCAAGAGAAGAACGCCAAUUCGCGAAGACAGCCGUCAGACCAGUUCAAGCCUGGAGACAAGGUAUGGCUGCGACUUCGCAACAUCCGAUCCAAUCGGCCAUCCAAGAAGCUCGAUUGGCUGUCGGCCAAGUACACCGUCCUGGAGACCAUUGGGUCACACGCGUGCAGGCUGGACACGCCUCCGGGAAUACACAACGUGUUCCACGUGUCGCUCUUACGCUUAGCAGCGGACGAUCCGCUACCGUCACAGACGUCGGAUGACUACCGCCCACCGGCCAUUUUGACGGACGAUGGCGAGCUGUGGGAAGUGGAAGAGAUUCUGGACAGGAAGAAAGUCGGGAGAGAGUGGAAAGUGUUGGUGAAAUGGGUCGGAUGGAUAGGUCCGACGUGGGAGCCAGUCAAAGAGGAGGAGAAGAAGCAGCUGUUUGAUGAUGUUUUGGCCUUAUCCAAGAGGUCCACGGAUAACCAGGAGGAGAUAGACUUGGAUCGUACCCUCAGCCUCCUUGACCAAGCCGCGGAAGAUCUCUCCAAGUUAGACGAAGAUGCUGAGGCUCACAAGCGAGACGAAGACGAAGAAGACCUGGAUGGGCUCUCGUUCUUGGAUAAUGACGAGCUUCUAGAGGGUUUUGCCGCCCUCCUCAAGCCGAAUUUUACAGACGACUCGAAUGACGAGACAGACGAUUCGAUUAACGAGAUAGAUGGGGAACUAUUGGCACGUGCGUCCAGUACUUAG